AUGUCAGCGCCCUUGUGCUAUUUUCGUACUUGUUUCAAUUUUCGCAUGUUUUGUCUUUCUGCUCCCAAAUCUAACUCCCGUCUGCAAAUCCAACAGCGAUUCGUGAUGACAGACGACAGGGAGAGUCUAGAACAUUUACAAAGGACACACACUUCAUCUAUAGCUUUUCGUCAAACGCCCGGGAAAGAUCCGGGCGUUGUGUUUUUACCGGGAUACAUGAGCAACAUGACCGGCGGAAAAGCCGUGGCACUGGAAGGCUACUGCAGGCGGCGUGGGCAUGCCUUUGUUCGCUUUGACUACCAAGGCUUAGGCGAGUCUAUUGGUGAGAUGAGGAAAGGAGAAAAGAUGUUUGACGUCUGGAAGUCAGAUGCCCUUGCUGUUCUUGAUGAACUUACUGUAGGGCCUCAGAUUCUGGUUGGUUCCAGUAUGGGAGGGGCCAUAAUGCUGCUUUUAGCCUUAGAGAGACCAGAACGUAUCCACUCCCUGCUUGGGGUAGCUACUGCAGUACAGUUUGACAGGCCCAUGUCUUUAACAGAGCAGAAGAGGGGACAUGUCCAUGAGGCCCGAGGUUCAAUCCCCGGCGACACAUCCUACACCACUCCGCACAACUUUGUAGAUAAACACUACACACGAUGUCUCAAUCAAAACCCUAUGCCAGUCAAGCAGCCUAUUCGGUUAAUACAUGGAAUGAAAGAUGAUGUUGUUCCCUUCCAAACGUCGGUUUCCCUUGCUGAGCGCCUGGAGAGCAAGAACGUGGAUGUUAUCCUACGCAAAGAGGGCGCUCAUCGCAUGUCGGAACCUGAAGAUAUUCGCCUGCUUGUGGAUUGCCUCGAGGAGCUGUUGAAGUUAUGAAGCCAUCUUGAUCCAGGUAUGACUUUUAUAUCCACUUGACUUGGUCUUACCGGCAGAUGGUCUAAUUCUCAGAUUAUCUAAUAUCACCAUGGCUUAAACCACUUGGGUCCCAUUUCAUGAAGGAUUUACAGCUGUUGUAACUUUGCCAUUAUGGCAACUACCAUGGAAACCUUUAUUUUGAUUGGCUGCUCAGCCCUGUUACCAUGGUAGCUGCCACAAUGUUAAAGUUAAAACAGUUGCAAGUCCUUCAUGAACAAGACCCUGGUCUACUAGCAGAUGGUCUAGUUCUCAGACUGUAUAAUAUCACCAUGGCUAAACCCACUUGGUCUAUCAUCAAUUCAGUUUGGUCCAGGAGCCACUUGGUCUAAAUAUCACUUAUUCUAAUGCCCAGAUUGGUCUUAUUUCAACAUUGUCUACAUACCGGUACAUUUAUUAUUUUGCACUAUGUCAAAUUAAAAUUUGGUUCAUAAACAUUUCAUUUAAUUUCAUUUAUUUUCAUAUUUCUCAUAUUGACGUCUGAUUCAUAUAAAAAGCAGCAACAAUAAAGUACUAUUAAAUCAUAAACCAUUGGGAAGUAUAUAAUUACAUAAUAUAAUGAUACAAUCAGUCGAGUUCUAAGGUAGAAGCUUAAUUUAAGUUUAAGAAAUGUGAU